CUUGACAAUAUUUUGCCAGUUCUUAACGACUAGCAUUAUACUGUGCAUGACUCUCUUUAAAAUUACCAUCACCACAGAACCCAUCGAGCUGACCACACUAAUAUUCUACUUAAUUUGCGUAUUCUUAGAACUAUUAAUGUACUGCUACCCCGGCGAUUUGCUGAUUAAUAAGAGCCUCCUAGUGGCCGAAGCUGCGGCCCCUGGUCACUGGUGGGGCGACCUGCGCAGCCGCAGGGCGCUGAUUCUGUGCGCUAUGAGGGCACAACGCGCUUUACUCGUGAAUGCUGGUGGUGUGUUCCGAGCGUCGUUACCAACAGCAGCUGCUGUCGUGCGCACUGCUUACUCCUACUUUGCAGUAUUACAGCAGAAAAUGGAUGAUUAAACAUAAAAAUACACAUAACAUAAUAAGUAUACUCCUCCAUGCUGUCCCACUGCAGGUUGAUGGAGCUGUUUUUUAUAUGGCU